CAGCGCUGCGCGUCAUCGUAGGGUUUAGGAGAGGAGGAGGACGGCGAGCCUUCAGAUUGCAGAUCUCGCACUGACGAGAGCGUAAGAGCGAGGUGGCGACGACUAUGACGCAGCGAAUGGCAUCCUUUUGGCUCCGGUGGGUUCUCCUCUUCACCGCCGCCGUUGUCUUCGUCCAGGCUAAAGCAUCUCAAGAAAGUUUAAAGGAAGUCACGCACAAGGUCUACUUUGAUGUUGAGAUUGGUGGAAAACCUGCUGGUCGGAUUGUCAUGGGCUUAUUUGGCAAGACUGUGCCUAAGACUGCAGAAAACUUCCGGGCUUUAUGCACAGGAGAGAAAGGUGUUGGCAAAAGUGGAAAACCUCUUCACUUCAAAGGCAGUAGCUUCCACCGAAUAAUCCCCAGUUUUAUGAUCCAAGGUGGUGAUUUCACGCAUGGUAAUGGAAUGGGCGGAGAGUCUAUCUACGGCACAAAAUUUGCUGAUGAGAAUUUCAAGCUCAAGCACACAGGACCAGGACACUUAUCGAUGGCGAAUGCUGGCCGUGACACCAACGGAUCUCAGUUCUUCAUCACCACUGUAACAACCAGCUGGUUGGAUGGUAAGCAUGUUGUUUUCGGAAAAGUGAUCUCUGGCAUGGAUGUGGUAUACAAGAUUGAGGCUGAAGGGAGGCAGAAUGGGUCGCCUAAAAGCCAAGUGGUGAUCGCUGACAGUGGUGAACUGCCUUUAUGAUUCAAUCACUCGAUAAGCCAGUCAUUAAGGAGUCUUUAGGUACUGCUGCUGGAUCUUCUGUAGAGUCUAUAGAACUCAUGGGUAACAUUCUGGAUUAAACAUCUAUGUCUAUUUUGUUUGAUAUCCUUCUGAAUCUUGCUUCUUAAGCAUUUGGACAAUGAUCAUUUGCUCGUGAUCCUAAACAUUAUAUUUUGAAGAAUUUUGGAUAUGUUAAAUUCAUAUUUGAAGCUA